AUAACGAAGAUGGAAUUACUGCAGUCAGCCGCGAUAUGGCCGAAAUCGGCAGAGUGUGUGCUUUUAUUUUUCUACUUUUACUAUGUUUUAUACGUUUGCACGCAUACAAUCCAAAGAACCACCCAUGCUGCGAAGGAUUAGGCGAUAACGUGACCCUGGCCAUGGUCAUUGAUGCCUUCGAGAUUUACGGCCACGAUCCUACGGACAAGCUGGACUAUUUCGCGCAUUACCAGCUGCAGAUGAUGAAGAUCAAACGAGCACCAGAUCAGUACAUCAUCAAUGAACACGUCCACAUUGCGACUGACCAUCUCGGCAGGUUCAUACACAUGCAUGUCAAGGAACUCAAGGUUCUCCUGAUAGCGUUGGAAGAUGCGGUAGACAACAUGCUGACCAUGUACGACAACCACAACGCCAUCAAAACUGAGCGAGUCGCUACCUACAACCUGGCGUCAGGUGGCGCUGUUCCUUCAGAAUUCUACCUAAGUCAAGAAUACUACUGCGGCCGCAACGUGUAUCUCUUCGUCUCGGAGCUGUACAGCGACAUCUACAACAUGGGCCGCGGGCCGGCGCCCUACUGUAAAGGCCGGGGCUUCCACUUCCUUGGCUUCGUGCACUUUAUGGACGACAACAAGUACUACCUCGAGGAGGACCCGAGUAUGAGCUUCGCGACCGACAACUACUUGCACGGGCUGGAGUGCCAUCUCGACAUCUGCAUCUACAGAUUCCCGUUCAAGAAGAGCCUACAACACGAACGCGACGUAGUAACGCUACCCAAGGCGCUGGUGAAGUGCGGCACGGAGGUGUACAAGCUGCCGCCGCUCACCGCUGCCUCGUGCAUCAUCACCUCUGGCUCCUUCAUCCUGGACUUCAAUAUCCAGGGGAUGCGGUUCCGCCACUACGAUUACAUGCUGAUCCUACCAAACGGGCACGCAUUCUACACGAAAGAGGCUCAAACGCCUCUCUUCUGCGACCACCACGUUUGCGAGUGGAACAACACCAAUUUCUAUGGAGGUCCCUUCGUGAUCCCAGGUGAUCCUGGAAUUGGACUGAUGCCAAUACCCCCCUUCUUUGAACAGACCACAGCCCCACCCUUCUCAGACUUGACUACACCACCUGGCGGCGGCGGUGGCGGCGUUUUCGACAAUAUGACUUAUUCUCUGGACGGGUGCUGGUUCAUGUUCCCGCCUAACUACGGGUCGAUUGCUGGCAUCAGCUACCUGGAUCCUCUCACCAUCAACGAGUAUAGAUUCACAUGCCAAGGAUCCGGCAACAAAGGUCUGUACUGGUACCCGCAAUGGAUGGGUGUGCCGCCGCACCACCCGUACCCGCAAGCGGGCGACAUGCCGAAACACGAGGAGGGGGGAGGGGACGCUUUCUACCCCCACCAGCAGGGGCCGCAGCCCCCACCUGUUUUUCCAAGACUUGAUUAAAUAUAGACGUUUUUUAUAAA